AUGGGUGGGGAGUGUGUUGUCUCUUGGGGGCGGAGGUCGGCGAUGGAUAGCGGACGGCGGCUGGGAGCUUGGAUCUCGGGAAAAGCUGCAGGUUUUCGGGUUUCUCUGUGCCGGUCACAAUGGCAUGUGGUUUUCUUGGGUCUCUUGCUGUGUCAGGCCGCAAGCUUGUGUGUGCCAAGGACACAGCAACACGUGCGGGAGAACCAGAGAGCUUCCAUGUGUGUAGGGAGGAGUGCCAUCAAGCAUCAGCCACGGAGUGUAUCUCUGCGUCCACGAUGGUCUUCCGGAGGGAGUCCUCGUCAGGGUACCGUGAAUCAAACACUCCUCUCCUUCCUCCCAGAAAACGAACGCUUCGUAGAAUCCCUCUUCCCGUCCUCUUUGGGACGCAUUGUGGCUACGUUUCCUAGCCUCUGCUCGCCUGGUUUGUUUCUUGGCGCUUAUGCGGAAUUUGUACAUUCUGCAAAGACACACGACGCCACGACACCCGCCGCGGGAGGGGUGCCCGGGCGCGCGGACCGCGCCGGCGCCAAGACGCAUAGGACCAAAAAGAAGAGUCAUCUGCAUCACAACGCGCGGCGCUCGAAGAAGGGCCAAGACGUUCACGGCUCAGAAAAAGGCGCCCAGUCGGAAAGCGAAGCGAGAGUGCUGGAGGCGGAGCGUGAACCAGAAAAUGCGCGAGGCGAAGGCGCCGCCAGUUCGUCGCUUCAGGCGCCGACGAUCCACUUGCAUGCGGAUACAGCCCCUUUCGCCGAGGGCGCACCACAGCAUGGAACAAAAAAUGGACGGAUCGUGAUUGCUCUGCACGCGCCCUCGUCUUCCGCAGCCUACCCGUGGAAGCCGGCAGAUGAGGACGGGCCGGGAAGCGAGUUUUCGCAAGUCUUUCGUAGUCUACCUUUGGUGCCAGGGCAGGAGCUGCCUCUGGCGAACAGAACUCUCGAAGCAAAUUUGCACGGGAGUCUCGCCCUUGAGUUACGGCCGCAGGCAGACCGAAGUCUUGGGCAUCCCUUUCGCGGACUGAAAUCGAAUCCUCACGGAACGCGCGAAGCGCUCGAAGGCCGCGGAGUUCAGAGCACAGAACCAGUCGACGCGACGGAAGAAAAUGCAGGAUCUGGACUGAAGGGCGAAGUCCUGGUCGAGGAAAAGCAAGCCGUGUUUCCCUCAGGUCGCAAGGAAUUUGCGACGGAGCCUCAAAGAGAAGGUAGACUUUCUGAGCAGUCACAGGACGUGACGGAAAGCAUGCAGCCGUUCGCUUUGCCCUCCCAGGGCGUCCAAUUGCCUCGCAAACUGGAGUCAGCGCGAUCCCCCGCAGCAGGCGAUGGCGUGCGUCCUACCUCCCGCGACAUUCGUGCCGGCGUUCGUAGGCCUCCAGCAAAUCCUCGCUGGAGGGGGCAUCAGAAGCAAGGGGAUAAAGGCCAAAGCGCGGGUGGGGGCGUGCAGCCUCCAGGGGAGUCCAGCAACCCUUCCGGAAAGGCCGCUCUCGAUUCGCCACUGCCUAUAUCGGCAGCGUCCCAAGGAACGUCGCCAAGGGGGAGACCCGGCGAGAGUGGGAAUACGAGCAGAGAGGCUGACCCUUUCUCCGUGGCGUCGCAUGCGAACCACGGUGGGGAGGGGCGAGAGACUUCGGCAACAGAUCAGACAUUUCAUCCGUCGUCUCCAUCUACCAGUCAGAACACAGCAGAGUUUGGAUCCGCGUCUUCGUAUGUGCCUUCUCCAUCUGAUUCACCUUCAGACGCAACCAGGUACCAUCCGGAGGCACUGCAAUCCAUUCCCCCACUGGAGCGAACAGGCCAUGGCCCAGGAAUCGCAGGAAGACGUCGACGAUGGCCCCGAGAGUGGGACGGAGAUGGCAACCCAGGGAGUCGUCGAACCUUCAGAGGCUGGCAAAACGCGUUUCCCCGUGCGCGUCUGGGAGGCGCCUUCGCCUUCCCAGAAGACCCAGUCGCCAACGACUGGGCUCCCCACGACGAUCCGAAGCGCCUCGGCGGCGCGCCUUUGUUCGACUUUUCGGAGGAAGAUCUGAAGCGCAUGGGUUUCGAGACGCCUAUUGAGCAAACUCCGUCGCCUUCUCAAGAGAUGGACGCCAACUACAAAAGUAUCCCGGCCUCGAUGUUCAUCUUUCCUCCGGGCGCGCGCAGGGGCGAUCUGGAGGCGGCAGUACAGCGACAGGGCGAUGGGGGGCGAAGGAUGGUACGCAGCGCUGAAGUCCAAAGCAUCAGAGGAGUUUCCGCGGACGAGCUUGCGAAUGGACACAAGCCGAGCACCGAGACAGUUGCAAAAGCGUUAAAAGUAACAACUGAGGCAGGUCCGGCGGUGGACUCUUCCUACCAACGCUACAAUAACAUAUCCAAUUCUGAGAGCAGCGAUCAAGAUCCUCUUCUUUUUGAUGACAUCAUGGAAGCGCCGACGCCGACUCCAAGCCUGUUUGGCCAUUUCUCGCCUCUCGACGGUAAUUCGUCGGUGGACAGUCGGGCUGAAAAGGGCGAAUGA